ACGGCGCGCUCUAAGAUGGCGGCCAACGUGUUCCCGUUCCGCGACGCCCGAGCCGCGCCGGAUCCGGUGCUGGAGGUCGGACCCGUGGCACACGGGCCGCUGCCCCUACCGCUGGUGCUGGACAAUGGGUCGUUCCAGGCCCGUGCCGGCUGGGCGUGCCCCGGGCCGGAUCCGGGCCCCGAGCCGCGCCUACAGUUCCGCGCGGUGUGCGCCCGCGGGCGCGGCGGGGCGCGAGGCGGAGCGGGCCCGCAGGUGGGCAACGCGCUGGGCAGCCUGGAGCCGCUCCGCUGGAUGCUGCGCUCGCCCUUCGACCGCAACGUGCCCGUCAACCUGGAGCUGCAGGAGCUGCUGCUGGACUACAGCUUCCAGCACCUGGGCGUCUCCUCACAGGGUUGUGUGGAUCAUCCCAUAGUUUUGACAGAAGCUGUGUGCAAUCCUCUAUAUUCACGCCAAAUGAUGUCUGAACUCCUUUUUGAGUGCUACAGGAUCCCCAAGGUUGCCUAUGGAAUAGACAGCCUCUUCAGCUUCUACCACAAUAAGCCAAAGAACUCAGUUUCCUGUGGGCUCAUCAUUUCAUCUGGAUACCAGUGUACACAUAUUUUACCCAUCUUAGAAGGAAGGCUAGAUGCCAAAAACUGCAAACGCAUCAAUCUUGGAGGAAGCCAGGCAGCAGGUUACCUCCAGCGACUCCUCCAACUGAAGUAUCCGGGGCACCUGGCGGCCAUCACUCUCAGCCGCAUGGAGGAGAUCCUGCAUGAGCACAGCUACAUUGCUGAGGACUACGGGGAAGAAUUGCAAAAGUGGCAGUGCCCUGAUUAUUAUGAGAACAAUGUCCACAAGAUGCAGCUUCCAUUUUCCAGCAAGCUCCUGGGCAGCACUCUGACCGCUGAGGAGAAGCAGGAGAGGCGGCAGCAGCAGCUACGGCGGCUGCAGGAGCUCAAUGCCCGACGGCGAGAGGAGAAGCUGCAGCUGGAUCAGGAGCGACUGGACCGACUACUCUAUGUUCAGGAACUUCUAGAGGAUGGAAAGAUGGAUCAGUUUCACAAAGCUCUGAUAGAGCUGAACAUGGACUCCCCAGAAGAGCUGCAGUCCUACAUACAGAAGCUCAGUGCAGCAGUGGAGCAAGCGAAACAGAAAAUCCUUCAAGCAGAAGUCAACCUCGAGGUGGACGUGGUGGACAGCAAGCCAGAGACCCCUGACCUGGAGCCACUGGAGCCAUCUCUAGAAGAUGUGGAAAGCAUGAAUGAUUUUGAGCCCUUGUUUUCAGAGGAAGCACCAGAAGUGGAGAAACCUGUCACCACUGUCCAGCCCGUGUUUAACUUGGCAGCAUAUCAUCAGCUGUUUGUUGGGACAGAAAGAAUCCGGGCUCCAGAAAUUAUUUUCCAGCCCUCGCUCAUAGGAGAAGAGCAGGCGGGAAUAGCGGAGACGCUUCAGUACAUUCUGGACAGGUACCCAAAAGAAGUUCAGGAGAGACUGGUCCAGAACAUUUUUCUCACUGGUGGGAAUGUGAUGUAUCCUGGGAUGAAAGCCAGAAUGGAGAAGGAACUGCUGGAGAUGAGACCCUUUCAGUCUUCUUUCCAGGUUCAGCUUGCCUCGAACCCCGUGCUGGAUGCCUGGUAUGGUGCUCGUGACUGGGCUUUGGACCACAUGGACGACGAUGAAGCCUGGAUCACCAGGAAGGACUAUGAAGAAAAGGGAGGAGAGUACUUCAAGGAGCACUGUGCCUCCAACAUCUAUGUCCCCAUUCGCCUGCCCAAGCAGGCCUCGCGUACCUCAGAAUCCCAGGCAGCAGGCAAAGGCUCAGGAGCCAACGAGCAGGCCUAGCAGAGGGCCCUCCAGAGAGAGAGCUCCGCACACAUGGCCUUUGGCAGUGUGAUGGGACAAGGACUGUGCUAGAUGUAUUUGGCUGCAAACUGAAUUUCUCCCGGGGAGAACAGACAUAAGAGCAGCAGGAUCAUCUUGUACAGAGUUUCGUUUACCGGGGGCUACUGCAGCGUGGAAAGUCUGAGUGGCCAAGUGGCAUCUGGAAGCUGGUACCAAGUUUUGUCGGCAGCUUCCAGCGAGCAAUGAAUGAAGACAUGGAGGCCAGGGUGUACAAAGAGCACUAGACUUAUUUCUUACUGCAUUUUCAAGCCUUUUUUGUUCUAAAAAAAAGUUAUGAAGUUUUAUCAGUGUAUUUUUUCCUACCGUAUUUAUUCAGAAAUUGUGUGAUUGCCCAGAGGGGAAGGUCCUUCAUAUAUUAAAAGCUGAUAUUUAUAUUAAAGAAGCAAGUGGUCACUUUGAAAUCUCAGGAGCUGGGAAUAUUUGCUGCCUCCUAUUAUUUCCCCUUUAAAUAAGAAACAGAGGAAAGGAGAGGGUCACCACCACCUUGUGCAAAGUCACUCUGCUAGCUAAGGACCUGCUUGGUGCCCUCUUGUGAGUGAACGGAAAUAGAGCUAGUGGCUCAACUUUUAUUCAUACUUUGUUUGUUGGAGACUUUUCUACUACAUGAGACCUUUCUACAAAAAUUUUAUUUCUAUCCCUGUGAGUUUGUUGGCUCCUUAAUGUUUUUAAGUCUCUCUGAAAGAAAUCGACUGAAAAAGGUAGAUCCUGUAGCCUUUAUCCUGCCACAAUCUCACUUUCCCUGAGCUUUGGUGAGUCUUGUAGUAGGAGAAUCUGAGACAUCUCAUUUGUUACAUAGUGAAUGGACAAAUAACCCCUCUUUUAUGGAGAUUGCUUGUUGGGAGUUCUAACUCAUCGAGAAUUAAGCCCAGAAACGCUCCUGAGCUGCUAAUAUCGUUGUCACAGAACCUGUGCAUUUGGAUCCCAUGGUGCCUCAGCCUGCCUGCUGAUGAGGCUGCUUUAGAACCUGGAUCCAGCUCUCGAGGGUUUAGAAACUCAGACCAGGAGGGAGCUGUGGUGGUGGAGGAGGAGGUAGGAGACUCAAGCGGACCCAAUAAUUUUCAAGGCAUGGUCCAGUAAGCCACUGGCCAUUGUGGCUGGGCCCAAGGACUGAUGAGAUGGCAGGAAACAUGAAUUUUGAGUGGGCUUGGGAUAGAUGUGAAGAAAGCAGGACUGAUCUUAGCUGGGCAAGAGGGGCUGGGGCAGGGGUUCAGUAGAAGAGCUCUUGUCUAGAAUGUUUAAGGCCUGGUUGGAUCCCCGCACCACAGACACAAUGCAACAGUAACAAAACCCCAGUCUGAAAGGCAGUGGUGGGGUCAAAGGACUGCCUUGGAGGUCAUGUCCUCAUGGAGAAAGACCCUGGGCAGGUCUUUCUCAAUUAGGCACUUUGUGACCAAACAAGCUAGCAAGCUGGAUGUGCUCAUUCUCGCAGGUGAUACACUGAUAUACACAGGAAAGUUGGGGGCCGUGGUGAGGGUCAGGCCAAGGGGCUGAGCCUUGAGCUGUCCGGUUUCUUCUUUCUUUGAGCAUGCCAGGCUUUCUGUGACCAGCUUUGCACAUGCAGCCUUCCUCAUUCUUUCCCAGCACACUAGGUUUUGGUACCCCAGGGGUUUCCUCAGCCCCUUGCACAAGCCACCAGCCAGACGUUCACCACCUAGCUGUGCUUUAGGCCCAGGUGGUUUUUUUUACACUGUUAUGUGUUCCUCAAGAGAAGGAACAGAAACACACUACAUCAAACAGAAAAAAUACAUAAUUUUAAUACAAAUAAUCUAUUUUUAAUUUUUUCAUGUUUUUAUGUAUUUGGGGCAUUAAUUCCUUAUCAAAUACAUCAGUUCAUAGACUACCCUUUCAUUCUCUUUAUUCUCUUUUACUAGGCAGAGUUUUUUUUCUGUUUGAUGUAGUCUGUUUCUGUUUUUGAUUAAGCUUGAAGUGUCCAGAGCCCAGAGUUGCAUCUGAAGGGUACUGAGGACUGCAGGGAAUAUGUCCAUGGUGACGCCUUGAUUUGGGGCCUUGGCCUCCAAAACUGUGCAAGUAUAAAUAAAUAUCUGUUGUUUUGAGCCCCAAGUCUGUGGUAGCUAGAACAGCAGUCCUUGGAAACAAGUACAGAUGGCCAGGUUCAGUCCAGGAGUGAGUCUGAGACAGGUAGGAAGUAGUUAGCCACAGGGGAGGAGCAACUUGCCCAUGAGUUGGAGGAAUCCCAGCAUAGCAGAACUCGGAACAUCAGCAGAGGUUUCCCCCAGGAAAGCGGAGAAGCAGAGGGGAAGGGGCUUGGAACAGUUCCGCUCUUCCCCAUCUCUCCAGCCCCAGCAGUCACGGUCUACUCUCUGCUUCUAUGAGCUAGACUCAGAUACCUCAUAAGAGUGGAGUGAACCAUGCAGAUUUGUCCUGUGGCUGGCUUGUUUCACUAAAUGUCCUCCAAGUCCUUCCCUGUUGUCACCAGUGGCAAGAUUUCCUUUUCUAUAACUGGAAAGUGUUAGUAUGUUUUUACCAUGUUUUUAUCUGUUCGUCUGUUAGACAUUUAAGUUGCUUCUGUGUCUUGGCUGUUGUGACCAAUGCUGCACUGAACAUGGAAGUUCAGAUUCUUCUGAAAUCCUGAUUUCAUUCUUUUGGAUUUAUACCAAGAAGUGGGGUUGCUGGGUCCUGUGGGUUCUAUUUUUAAUUUUUUCAAGGAAAUGCCAUACUGUCUUUCAUAGCAGUUGCACCAUUUUAUGUUCCUACCAACAGUACACAGGGUUCCAAUUUCUCCACAACCUCACCAGUUCUUGCUAUUUCAUGGCUUAAUUUGUUUUAUGUAGUAGCCAGACUAAUGGAUUUUGAUAAGAAUUGCCCUGAUGAUUAGUGAUAUGUAUCUGUUGGCCAUUUGUAGGUCUUCUUCAGAAAAAGGUAUUCAAAUCCUUUGUCCAUCUUUUAAUUGGGUUUUUGUUUUUGUUAUUGGAGUUUUUAUGUAUUUGGGGCAUUAAUUCCUUAUCAAAUACGUCAGUUCAUAGAUUACCCUUUCAUUCUCUUUAUUCCCUUUUACUAGGCAGAGUUUUUUUCUGUUUGAUGUAGUCUGUUUCUGUUUUUGCCUUUGUUGCCUAUGCUUUCUUUGAGUCUUAGCCAAGGAAUCACUGCCAUAUCUGAUGUCACAAAUGUUUUUCUUCAUGUUUUCUUCUAGGCAUUUUAUGCUUUCAGUUCAUAGGUUUAGGUCUUAACAUAAAUAAAUUUAUAUUAUUAUACAAUA